AUGGAACCUCUAGACCAGAGCAACUGGAUUCCUCUGUCAUCAGACUUCAACUUCUCCUCUGCAGCCACUCCCUCACCCUUCUUCUUUUCUUACACGCCCUUCUCCAACACCUCCUCCAACAUGACCACUCACAGUGCCCCGUUUGAAGGCGGCAGCACUCUGGUGACUGCGGUCAUCUCCUUCACUGUGUUCGUAGUGGGCCUGAUCGGCAACACUUUGGCCAUCUAUGUCGUGCUGCGCUACGCCAAAGUGAAGACUGUCACCAACAUAUACAUCUUGAACCUGGCUGUGGCUGAUGAGCUCUACAUCCUCGGGCUCCCCUUCCUAACCACGCAGAAUGUGCUCUCCUAUUGGCCGUUUGGCUCCUUCCUGUGUCGUGCGGUCAUGACGGCAGACUCUAUGAACCAGUUCACGUCUAUUUUCUGCCUGACGGUCAUGUCCAUCGAUCGUUACCUGGCUGUGGUUCACCCAAUCCGAAGCACCAAGUGGCGACACCCGCGCGUGGCCACGGUGGUGAGCGCAGCCGUGUGGGCCUUGUCCUUUGUGAUGGUCCUGCCUGUCGUAAUCUUCUCUGAUGUCCAGGACACGUUUAACUCCUGCAACAUGAUCUGGCCAGAGCCGCGGGAUGUGUGGUCAACAGCCUUCAUUCUCUACACCGCCACAGUGGGCUUCUUUGGGCCGCUGCUCAUCAUCUGCCUCUGCUACCUUCUUAUCGUCAUCAAGGUGAAAUCCUCGGGGGUGCGGGCGGGCUUCACUAAGCGACGGCGUUCGGAGCGCAAGGUGACACGCAUGGUGGUGGUGAUUGUGGUGGUGUUCGUGCUCUGCUGGCUGCCAUUCUUCAUCAUAAACAUCGUCAACCUGGUGGUCAUCAUCCCAGAGUCCAGCGUAACAGCUGGAAUCUAUUUCUUUGCUGUCAUCCUGUCGUAUGCCAACUCUUGUGCCAACCCGGUGCUCUAUGGCUUCCUGUCAGACAACUUCAAACAGAGCUUCAGAAAAGUAGGGCUCUGUGUGAGGAUGAAAUGCAAAGCCAACGGUGUAGAUGACGGCGACCCAAGCGCUCAGCGCACUGAGAAGUCCACGGCGAAUGACUGCAUCCUGCUCUCCACUCAUAACCAGGUCUAUCACGAUCCCCAGAGCAGCCAGAUCUCUCCUCAUCCUACAAGCUUGCAUACCUCUCACACAGCUGCAGACCUGCACCGCUGCAUCACUACGCGUCAAUCUCCCUCCAGUUUCCCAGGACGUAGCCACACCACCACCAUCACUUUAACUUCCACAGCAGCCUACAUGGUAACCGCGGCUGAGCCUCCCACCAUUACUGCCCUAACUACACCUUCUUCGUCUUCCUCUGUAACUCCACAGGAACAGUAUGGACUGUCUGGUGUUUUAGGAAGAAGCAUAGACAAAAGUAUAGAAGAAUCCCUUCCUGUGUGUAAGGAGAGCUGA